AUGGGUGCCGAGGAAGGGCCAGGCGCGGUAGAGGGCGAGGCCGAGGCAGGGGAAGAGGACGAGAAGGCGGCCAACAAGGCGGAUCCAGAGCCGAAGAGGUCCUUCCAGGGGCCUUCUCGCAGCCUGCUUGGGGGAGGCCCACAGGAGGAGGAGGAGCACGACCCUGACCUGGAUGGCCUUGGAGUCUUUGCCAGGGCUCCUCGAGGCACCUACGAGGAUGCUGUGGAGCACCUGCAAAGCAUACAGGAUGAGGCAGCAAUCAACGCUCUUAUGGAAAAGCUGGAGGCACAACAGGCCGACGCUGAAGAAGGAAGGGAUGCGCCAGGCCCGGCAAGGAUUGGCGUGAACGGCCGCACGGCUGCUGCAGAUGCUCAGCAGCACAUGAGCAACCAAAAAGGGGCAGCAGAGGAAAAUGAGGUGGUUGACCUUUGCGACAGUGAUGCCGAGGAUGCUCAACCACAGCCAAAGCGCAGCUGCAAUGCGCACAGGGGCUCAACAGCGCCGGCACCAGCAGUUGCUAGCACUUCUGGGAGAGUGCAGCCCCUGUGCAGGCCUCCAAGGCAGCUGGGGCUACGCGAGAGGAACUGGGGAGGCACGGCUGGCCGCGCUGCCUCCGCCAGCAGCAGCAACUGGAUGUUUGGGGGUGAGGGCGCGUAUGUGCCGGACCCGAACGCAGCGCCGGACAUGCGCCUGCGCCUGAACGAGACCGUGCAUGUGCUGGACGUCGGGCUGAUCCGCCACCCUGCGCACGCCCUCCUAGACAGCGGGAAUGGUGGCUGCACACUUAUCAAGCGGGCGCUGGCAAGGCAGCUGGGUCUACUGGACGAGUCCGGCUGGCCCACACAGGCAGGCAGGCGGAGCACAACAGUACGUGGAGUGGUGGCAGGCGCCACAGAGAAGAUCCCUCUCAUGAACCUCACCUAUGAGCUGCGAGGCAAGAAGAUGCACGUGACUGUAGGCGUCACAGAUGCCAGCCUGGGUAUUGCUGCAUUCAUUAUUAUUAUUAUUAUUGUUGUUGAAGUUGUUGUUGUUUCUAUUAUUAUUAUUAUUAUUAUUAUUAUUAUUAUUAUUAUUAUUAUUAUUAUUAUUAUUAUUAUUAUUAUUAUUAUUAUUAUUAUUAUUAUUAUUAUGAUUACACGUUUUUGA